AUGUGGAGAAAUGAAGCCUUUCAGUUCACUUGCUUGCCUCAGGGAUUGUCUUCUGCCCCCCGCACCUUCACAAAAUUAUUAAAACCUGUUUUGGCCCACUUACGGAAACUAGGGAUUACAGUCUCUUGUUACAUAGAUGACUGCAUUUUCAUUGCAGCCUCAAUCGGAGAGCUGAAAGACAAUGUAAGGUAUGCUGUACAACUUUUUGACUCUGUGGGGCUGACAGUUAACUUGAGUAAGUCUGUUCUCGUUCCCAUGCAAGAAGUAGAGUUUCUUGGUAUUCUUCUUAAUUCCUUAGAGAUGACUGCUACUUUACCAUUACGAAGGAAAGAUGGCAUUAAAAAGCAGGACGGCUUACUGCUUAAGGGAGACACUACUUUAUAUGAUUUAGCGGCCUUUAUCGGACUUGCUGUUGCGUCCGAUCCUGCAGUUACUUUAGCUCCUCUCAGAUACAAAUACUUGGAGAUUAUCAGAAACAAGGAAUUGGUUAAGAACAAAGGCAAUUACUUAGUGAAGAUUACUCUGGAUGAUCAUGCCAAGGAGUUGAUUACCUGGUGGGUCUGCAAUAUAGACUCUCAAUCUAAGUCUCUUCGUUCUUGUCACCCUCGGUGGGAGGUAAAGACUGAUGCUUGUUUAACUGGCUGGGGUGCAGUAUGUGGUAUUGACAGAACAGGGGAUCAUUGGGCACAGGAAGAGUUAGACCAUAUCAACUGCCUGGAACUUAAGGCCAUUUUACUGGAAUUAAAGUCUUUGUGUAAGGAUCAUAGUCACACAGGAAUAUCUAUAAGAUCAGAUAAUGCUACAGUUAUUGCUUACUUGACUCGGGGUGGUAGUACAAAGUUCGGCCUCAAUAGUAUAGAUCUGUUUGCGUCGGGAAUCAACACUCAAGUUCCGACUUAUGUCUCCUGGAAGCCAGACCCUAAUGCUGCAUAUACAAAUGCCUUCACAAUGGAUUGGAAUGAUAAGAGCCUGUAUGCUUUGCCACCUUUCAGUGUCAUUGGCAAGAUGUUAAAGAAGAUUCAGGAGGACAAGGCUACUGUGAUCUAUAUCCUACCUCUUUGGCCAAUGCAGAUUUGGUUCCCUCUAGCACUGCAGUUGUUGGCAGAGACCCCACUCCUUCUCCCUCGGGAGCUCCUGGUGUUGCCACAAGACCCGGGCUUCAAGCACCCCCAGGCAACCAAAUUGAAAAUGACAUCGAUGAUCCUCUCUGGCAAUCGCUUAAGAACCAGGGCCUUUCAGAGGAGGUUGCCAGAUUUCUCCUUAAGGUCAUGGAGACGAAGCACUAAACUGCAGUAUGGACCACAUAUCAGUAGAUGGGUGUCAGUUUGUGUCAGCAGGAAAAUUUAUCCUAUUUUGCCACCUUUAAAUUUCCUGCUGGAAUUUUUAUUACUUGAGUUUAAGAGAGAAAAGGGACGGGGCUAUAGCACCAUGAAUACCAUUCGUUCUGCCACUUCUGCAAUUGCUACUAUUGCUGACAGACCAGCAGGCCAGCAUCCCUUAGUGAGAUGA